UCAAUUAAUUAGAAAUCUAUGUUCGUAAAAAGUCGCACUAAUUAGUGAACUUUGCGAACUUUGCGCCGAAUUUCUCGUUCGAUAUUAUUGUGGAUCUGGCCGCUGCUUAGCAUGGCAAAACACGUUAAUGUGUCAGAAUUGAAGGGAUUUGAUUGGUGGGUACAGUUCAGAAAUCCAUAUGAUACCAUAGAGAAACAUGCCUCUUUUCUUGGAGUAGAAAUAGUUUGUUUUACAGGAACUCUGCUAACCCUUAUACAUGCUAUAAGAAAUGGUGGUAGAUUUCGAUGGUUAUGGCUGGCAACUGUUCUCCAUGGAAUAACAGUGGAAUGUGUUUCUUAUUUUUUACCAGAUAUUGAUAAUUUCUGGCAUGCCCAAGGUGUGGUCACCUUCCUAGGACUCAGGCUUCCACUAUACAUUGCUUUGAUAUAUCCGUACUUUAUAUAUACAGCCUCUGUAGCAGUGUCCCACAUGAGGUUACCCUGGUGGGGAGAACCAUUUGCAGUUGGAGUAUCAGUCGUAUUGAUAGACCUGCCCUAUGACAUCAUGGGUAUAAAGUCGUUAUGGUGGACCUGGCAUGACACAGAUCCUAACAUUUACGAUCGGCAUUAUUGGGUGCCGUGGACAAGCUAUUACUUCCAUGCAACAUUUGCUUCUGGAUUCACAUUUGUGUUCCAUGGAAUAAGAAAACUUCUGGAUAAUCAAACAGAAAAAUGGGUCUCAUCAAGUUUUUCCAAGGAGCUUAUCACAUGUGUAUUAACUGGACUUCUUGGAAUGCCAUUAGGAGUUUUACAAUUCUUACCAAUCUACCAUCCCCUCCAUGAUACCAACAAACUACACUCAGAAGUUUGUGUUGCUCUGCUAUUUGCUUUCUAUGUUAUGAUUAUAUGGUCUGCAGACAGAUCUAAAUCUGAAAGCAAACCAACAGAUAGGAAAAAUAAAUACAAUAGUGAGAUCCUGCUUCAAUUGAUCCUCCAUUAUGGAUUCUACGUCAUCCUUGUAUUCAUAUCUAAACCAGAGAAUAAUGUAGUCACAGGUCUACAUGAACCUGUAGGAGCUUGUCAGGAAACGGUACCAGUCUACACAGCAUUUGGUCAUGUGUUGGCAAAGAAUAAAUAUCUAUGUUUGGACCACUAUGAUGAAGCCAUUUUUGACUUUCACUGUGUGAAGAAUUUACCAAAACCCGGCACUGACUAUUAUACAAUUUGUGGAACAAAAUUCCCUAACCAUGCUGAAUAUAUUGCAGUUGUAUGUGGUGUUUGUACAUUUGGAUUUUAUUGGUUUUUCCAGAUUAUGACACAAUCAUACAGCCUUCCAAGAACAACACAAAAGAAAGUCAAAACCAAUUAACUUGUUUUCUACAUUUUUUAAUGAAUGAUUACUAGUCCAAAACCACCUUAUUUAAUCUUUCUUUUUAAAAUAACCCGUUCAUUAAUGUACCAGUCAUUAUACUGUAAGGUGUUGGGUGUUUCGUCUGUCUGUCUGUAGACAAUUUGUUGAUUGUCAGCUUUAACUUUUAGUCAAGUCAACCAUUUCUUGUUUAAUUUUUAUAACAAAAGCAAAAGUAUUGAUUCUAGAUAUGCUAGUCACACUUUUUUAAAGGUUAAUAGGGUAAUACAUAUUAUUUUUGCAAAAAGUUAAUGUAGUAUAUUGUAUAUGUUUUACCUCAGACAGUUAGUCUGUUGAUUUUUUUUUAUUAGCAUUUCAGAAAAGUUGUCUUUGAGAGCUUAACUACCAGAAGCUGUAGUUCUAUCAAAAUUCACCUGGGUGUGCAUUAUUUUUUCUGGCAUAUUUUGUAAUAAUUAGUGAAGUCUUUUAGGAAAUAAAACAUGUGCUUAAAACCAAAAUCUUUUGUUGAAAAUGUUUGUUGAUUAUAUAAAAUUAUGUAUGCUUCAAUUUUGUAUUCUGUUAAGUUGGUGCAUUUGGUGUAGAUGUAAAUAAUAGUGCUGAAUUAAGUUGGUGCAUUUGGUGCAGAUAUAAAUAAUAGUGCUGAAUAAAUAUAAA